GAACAAUUUCCAUAUUGUGUUUAUCGACAAGGACAGAUUAUUAUUUCACUUAAUUGGUGUUGUAUUUUAGGUACCAGGUAACCUGUGCAUUAGGUGCUAGGUCUUCAUGUUGCCACCAUGAUCAAUCUCUCAGAUGGAAUAUCAACUCCACAACAGCUUAAAUCAUUUGCUCUUUAUUUAAGCACAUUGAGGUUGAUAAAAAGAAGAAAUAUUGAUUUCAUAAAGAAGAAAAGCAUUUAAAAAGCUAUGUCCGAUCAAUACAAUUAAAUUUCCUUCGUCUAAUCCAUGCUGUUAACUUAAGUGUAGUGGACAGCUGUUUAAGCACUGGAUCUUAGACAUGAAAUUGGCACCCUCUGUCCAGGAUUUGUAUUUCUAGGGUUCAUUGGUCAUAAUAAAGUUUGGGAAUUUAAUAAUCCUUCAACCAUUAAAAGUUGCCCCUCUCAAGACUACUGUGAUAUGAAAACUGAGUCGGGACAAAGAAUAACAUUGACAACUGGGGUAUGUGAUAAUCGAACACCCGAAAUCAUCAGCCACAAAGAUUUAAAUGUUUUGAGUUUUACCUGAUAUGACAGACAAUAGAUAAGCAAAUUUGCUUAUAGAUGUGUUUUCUUUGGAAUUAGUUCUGUGUUUCUGUGAUUUUUUUUUUUUAUAUUUGGAGGUCUGUUUUGCCACUCUGCAAUAUACUUUUGUGGGAAGCGGUAGAAACUACCAUUAACUGGUACCUACAGUACUGUUCGACUGUGAAUUAUGUGUAUUGAAUAGUUGUGUACCAUCGAACUGUAAAUGCAGUGACAAUAAUCCCGAAUACCAUUGGAUGUCAGAAACACAACUCUUGGAGGUGUUUAAAGUUCUAAGUUCGGGUUGAUGGGAGCGUGAUGUAUUUAAAGUAUUGCCCUAUCGCCAGCAUAUAUUAGCAUGAUGAAUGCCUUUUAAGUUGUUGAAAUUCAUAUCUUCAAGUUUGAAAUUUUGGUGAGGGGUUUUAAAGAUAUUAAAGUGACAAGAAGAAAGGCUCUGUUUUCUGUUGAUAAACACGAGUUGAUUACUACUUGUGGAAGUCUUCUGAAACCAUUAUGUAGUUAACUGUCCAGAACCGAUAUUGUGUGUAUAAUUUGACUCUAUUCAGUUUGAAAUAUUUAAGAAUUUCUGUCAAGUUUUAUUCCGGUUCAAGACGAAACAAAAUGGAUGUUUGUGUUUAGUGUGAUUUUAGUGUGAUACGUUGGAUCAUGAUUAAACAGAACUUUCACAUUGGACAGCUAAAUCUGGCUGCACUGUCUGAUGAUGACGAGGAAUCCGGAGAGAAGGGAUCACAGAGGGGAGAGGAAGAAAGGGAGGAUGAAUCAGAUGGAGAGAUGGAAAAAGAGAUGUUUGAAGCUGAAGGACAAAUGAAUUUAAACAUGUCAGAACUGGAGCAAGCACAAGAAAUGAGUGGUCAUGAGGAGUAUCUACGCAACAUCUGGAGGACCCUGAACGUGGGGGUCAGUGGCUACAUUACAGCCCAAGAGCUCGGCCAAGUCUGUGACCAUAUUGGCAUGGAAAUGAACAAAAAUGAAUUGCAGCAGUUGUUUGACAGAUUGGACACAGACGGUGAUGGCCACAUCAGUUUCGAGGACUUUGUCGGAGGCGUCUUUCAACACAACAAUGGCGGUGCUAGUCAGUCUCGGAGUCGUGUCGGAACACCGCGCUCUCUGACGCCAAGAACUCACUCGGCGCAGAAAAAGUUUCGCGUCUUGGCUGCAGGUGCUGAGGAACGGACAACACCAUCUCUGAUCAGUGGCAGUGGGUCAUCAGGACUCUUUACAGUCUUAGAUGAUGAACACACAGGAUUUGCAAUGCCAGAUGGUAUAAUUGAUUUAUGGGAAAAGUACAAUAUUACAAAUGGUGCUGAUAUUCUUCUUGCCUUGGGUUUUGACCUUGUGACAAGAAUAAAUCUUGCUGAUCUUUCUUAUCAUCUGGAACAAGAAAUGUUGGCAGCAGAUGAAGAGAAUGCAAUCUACCAGGCAGCAUUUGCUUCUUGUCAGCAGGAAAUCAUACACCUAAAAUCCUCUCUAGAACAACAAGUGUGGGCUACUGACAAACUUAAACAAGAUCUGACAGAGGCCAACUCUCGUAAUGCACUUUUGGCAAAAGAAGUGGAUGAGAGGCAUCUACAAAUAGAGCAGUCAACAGAGAAGAAACUGAGCUCAAUAGAGAAGAAGUACCAAGACCAAUUAAAGGGCCUUCAGUCAGAGUUAGAACAGGAAAGGGGUCAAGUCAACUCCCUGAAGAACCGCCUGGACUCAGAGAAAGAGAAAAUAGAAGAGGAGGAGAAAACAUUAAAGCUCAGGCUAAUGGCUAGUCAGAAGGAUAUGGAGAAGAUGGAGAGAGAGUUGUUGGAGACAAAUGAGAAGUUAGCAGAGAGCGAAAAGCUAAAUACAAAAUUACAGAAAGACUUUGAGAGAGUGAUAGAACUACAACAAAAGUGGGAGGAGUAUGAGGCCUCGGACUUGAUGACACCAGAACAACAACGAUCACACCAGGAGAAACUGACCAGAACUACCUCAGAAAAUCAGAAACUCAAGGACAUGAAUGAUGAACUGACAGCUCAGGUUUUGGAACUUCAGCAACAGAUGAACUCCCGCAAUAAAAGUGAGCACUCUGGCAGCCAGACCCCCAAUUUUGGGUCGCGUAUUCCCAUCAGGGAGGGGUCCUUCUUGUCCGACUAUGUUAAGACCAAGCGAGGGGUCCGCUCCUCCGUGUCCUCAGAGAACUCUGAGGAUGAAGGAUUAUACAUUCCUAACCACCCCGGGAGGGUCAGAAGACGUCUCCCCUUGGCCCCUGCUGACGACGAUGACACCUGUAGUGUGAGCAGUAUACAGAGUGAUAGAGAUUACAUAGAGAUUCUAAAGAAGGAAAUGACAGACCUUAAGAUCCAUAAUGAACGGGAGAAAAAGGACCUAGAACAGAGUCACAGGAACGAGAUCUUGCAGCUGGAGGAGAAAUUUCAGGUGGAGAAGGAGGAGCUACGGCAGAGACUGAAGGAGGAGCAGGACAAACUUCUGAAGGAUAACGAGAAUAAACUCCAGAUGGACUUCCAGACCAGGUUAGGGGAGUCCAGUAGGAAUUAUUCCUCUGCACAGAAAGCAAUGGAAGAGGAAUUCCAGAAGGAAAAACAGGGAAUCAUUGACAGCUUACAAAAGGAAUAUAAAAGAGAACUGCAGGCCCAGAUCUUACAAAUAGAAAGUGAAAAUAAAAAAGAUGAGGACUUAGAAAAUAAACUAGCCUGCUCAUUGGAGGAAAUUCAGAAUUUAGUGCAAGAAAGAAAUGACUUGCGGGAACAGUUAUUCUUCCAAAAGGAGGAACUCUCGGCUCAGUAUGAGCAAGAACAGAGUGAUCUCAAAGAUGAACUUGAGUCCACUUUAAUGGGUACUGAAGGUGCAAUAAAUGAAUUGGAGAAGGAAAAGGUGCAAUUAUCUAUGAAAAUAGAGGACAUGUCUCGACAGUUUGAAGUAGAAAAGUUAAAAAUCCAGGACGAGUUUGAAAAAGAACUUCAGAAACAAGAGAAUGAAUACAGAAGAGACUUGCAAGAUUUUGAGAAUAUCUUUGCACAGGGAGAAAUGGCCUUGAAAGGAAAACUUAGGGAUGACUUUUAUGAGCUUCUGGAAAAGCACAAAGGGGACAUUAUGGAUACGCAGAAGGAGUCAAUGAUGAGAGAUCUUCAGAAGGAGAGAUUGUCCAUGGAAAAAGCUUUCGCCCAUCAGAAAAGUCAAAUGGAUAAAGGAUUUGAGAGGGAAAAAGAGGAACUAGUGAAGAAAUAUGAGGAGCAGGUGCAAUUUCUUCGGCAACAACUUCACAACCUGGAGGACAAGAUGGAAUCUGAAAGAGAGGCUCUCUCAAGGAAGUUUGAAGAAGAGAGGAUGGGACUAGAGGAGGAACUAGCAUGUGCCAUCAGAGAGGAACUCCAGAGACACAAAGAAAGACAAAGAAGAAUGGCAAAACAGGAUGAGUAUGUGAAUCAGAUAGAGAAAUUGCAAGAAACCUACAACCAGGAGAGGAAACAGCUGAUGCAGCAAGUCAACGUGUUACAACAGGAACUCGACAAAGUGUAUAUAGAAAUCAACAAGGAGUCCAAGACUACCAAAAAGAUCGAAGAACUCAACAGGACCAUAACAGCCCUACAGAAGGACAAAAUACUGGCAGAGAAAGCUCAGUCUGAACUCCAAAAGGCUCUCCAGAUGACAAAACUUGCCAUGGAAACAAGGAUUUCAGAGAUUGAUGAAGAGAAAGCAAGUGCUGUGAAAGCAGUGAAGGCUGAACUGGUAGAGACAUCAAGGGAGGCAGGAAAACAGAAGGCAACAUUAGAUGCUGUAAAUAGAGAAAAGAAGCUCUUAGAGAAAUCUGUAGAAAAAAUGCAAAAGGAAUUAUGUGAGAUGCAGAAAGAAGCGGGCAAAAAUUCUGGUUCACAGGAGAAGAUUAUUCGUUUAGAGGAGGAAAACAAGUCUCUUCUUGAUGAAACAAAUAAACUGAAGUAUGAACUGCAAAAGUACCAGAACACAGUCAUACCAGCACAUGCACAGCAUGUGAUAGACAAAAUACAAGAACGGAACACAUUCCUUGAGGACACACUGUCAGCAGCACAGCACAAACUGACUCGUGUGGAUGAUAGAGUCGAUAAACUAGCCAAACAGAAGACUGAAAACAACAAUAACCAUGAAUCAAGCAGGAUUUUGGCAGAAAAGAUGGACAGCCUCAAUGCCCACGAAACUGAUGAGUCUGCCAAUCACCUCUACAAGGAACGGGAGAAGAUGCAGGCUCUUCAUUUAGAAAAAUCAAGACUGGAAGAGGAACUAAGAAAAGUCACACAAAUGUUGGAAGACGCCACUGCAGACCUGACGAAAUUCCGUUCCCAGCAUUCCCAGUUUAUCAAAGGUCGCUCUAGCAGUCCUGUUGACAUAGAGAAUUUCACCAAACUUCAGAUUGAUCUAGUGGACCAACAGAGACAGCUCAGGGAGCUACAAGAGUUUAUGGAUAACAAGGAAAAUGAGAAAAGUCUAAAGUUCAGAGUCAAAGAAAAUGAACAGAAGAAAUUAAUUCAAGGUCUAGAGGAUGAGAAGACAAACUUGACAAGAAAACUCAAACUUACUCAAAAAAUGUUGGAUGAACAGCUUGAAAAAAUAAAAGCUCAUUAUGCUGACUGUGAGAAGAGGAAUAUAUUGGUGGUUGACUUGUACAAGGAGAAUUCUGAUUUAAUGGAGGCUUUGUAUCUAAUGGAGGAGAGAAAGAAGGAUGCUGUGUCUCGCUGUUACAAACUUGAAGACCAGUGCAAGGUGCUACGUCUCAUGCUCAAAAAAGUUUGUCAUGUCGCCAUCUCGUGAUGUCCUCAGCAUUAUCCAAUUCGAUUCGGACACCAUGUGUUUGUCGCAGAUGUUCCUCGUGUUGGUUUAUAUUCCAGUAGAGAAUGGUGUAUACAGAAUGUGUUUAUCCACCAGCUGUUGAUGAUAUAUGGGGGCCGUGCCAUUAGUUGUAUGUAACAGACAUCCAAAGUGUUCAUAUGUGUGAGACAAUGUUCUGUGUGACAUGCCUCGUCAUAAUCUGUCCUCGCCAGAAGAUCCCUCAAAUAUUGUUGAGAUAGCUUAUUUGGGAUAUUCAAGAAUAUGUAUGGUUGUGUGAUGUAGGGAGAGAAACAGAAGGAUGGACUGGUGAUUGCCUCUGUGCAGUGUUGGUGAUUGCCUCUGUGCAGUGUUGGUGAUUGCCUCUGUGCAGUGUUGGUGAUUGCCUCUGUGCAGUGUUGGUGAUUGAAACCCUCGAUGCUGUUUGUAACAAUGCAAAUUCAACAUGGUACUUAUAUUUACUGUAUAAUGUCUAAUUUUGGCAUCGGAAAUACUUAUUUAGCGGAUUUUUCUAAACUUUAUAGUUUGACCUACAAAAAAAAUGUAUCAGCAUUUCACUUUUUGGUGCAUUUUCAUUUAACAAGUGUAUCAUUUAUAUGGAUAGAAAUUUUGGCACUUUCAUUUUUGGCAAAUUUUCAUCAUCCACCAAAAAAGUCAACAUUUGUAGUCCACCUAAAUACCCAAUGUACUAGGGCUGCAACGAGUACCCGAAAUAACUGAAAACUGCGGGUCGUGUUGUUCGGGUCGGGUUCGGUUCCAUUUUUCCGUAUUUCGGUUUGGGUUUGGUUUUUAAAAUAGAAUCAUUGUUAGAAAUCCGUUUAAACGAAAUGUCGUCAAAAUCCUCAAAGGUGGCGGUAUUUUGAUCAAUUAUUAAAUGAUGGCAUUGUGGACAAAACUGUAAAUAAUGACAGUAUAUGUAAGAUAUGACAGACGCAUUGAAAAUACGCCACAGAAUCAACAUUGUCAAUGACAAAACAUUGAAAGCAUGGAUGGAAAUGAGUAGAAGUGACAAUGCUGUUUCUAGUACCAUGGAUGUCGAGUCUAAACCUCAGUCCACGUCCCCGAGUAAUUAUUGUGACAAAAUACAAUAAAGGUUUUUGAUUAUAACUGUAUAUCAGAUUUUUGAAAUAGUUAUAUGGACCCGAACCGAAAUACCCGAACCCGAAGUAAAAAAUUUAGAACUGACCCGACCUGAUAAUUUUUGGAACCAUGACAGCCCUACAAUGUACAUGUAUUUAUGUGCACCUAAAUACCCAAUGUACAUGUAUUUAUGUGCACCUAAAGUAUCCAAUGUACAUGUAUAUAUGUGCACCUAAAGUAUCCAAUGUACAUGUAUAUAUGUGCACCUAAAUACCCAAUGUACAUGUAUUUAUGUGCACCUAAAGUAUCCAAUGUACAUGUAUAUAUGUGCACCUAAAGUAUCCAAUGUACAUGUAUAUAUGUGCACCUAAAUACCCAAUGUACAUGUAUUUAUGCCCUUAUUUGUUCACUGAAAUGUCUUUUAUAUUCAUUUUUCAAAAAAUGUUGGGGUAUUUGAAUUUACAUAAACUAUGUUUAUGUACUUAUAACAUUUGUUUUUGUACUCAUAAAUGCACUGUACAGUGAUACAGUUUCAUUUGUUAAGACUUGUGUCACUAAUGUUGAAAUUCGUUGGAUCGAGUUCAAUAUUUUAGCAAACAAUACAGUACUGUGUGGCUUUACUUCAAACAACAUCGGAGUGCGAGAUCCGACUUAUAAAUAUCCAUUCUGUCUCUUGAGAUCUAGAUUUAUAUAAAAUUGUGGUAUUACAUAAAUAACUUUGGUUUGCCAAUGUACCUAGUAAAAUUCUUAAGAUUCGGAAGGAAUUUAUACUAUAACAUACAGUAUAAUGAUUCAUUCAAAAUGUGAAAUCUGCCACGAUUUGACCUGCUACUAAAAUAUUAAAGUCAAUUUGAAACAGAACAAGCAGGGGCUAGCUAGUUUUACAAAAGAUCUUUCCACUGUCAAAGACCAAAUUUUUUAAAAUGGUCAAAAAGAAUUCCAUUUCCGUGUACAAUUUAUGAAAAUAUGGCAUUUUAUGUACUUAGUGUUUCCAUUUAUUUAUAUAUAUAUAUUUUUUUUUUUGGGUGGUGAAUAACUGAAUUUAUUUUUGAAAAAAUUGCAGCAAUAAAGAAAUUGCUAGCAGAUUUUUGGGGUUUUUAACUUGAAAGUUGUAAGACCUUUCGUUAGAUGGAUCCCUGAUUAAUAUCAGAUAGUUUGUGUCAAAAUGUUUACCAGUCAAGGACAUUAAAUGAAUUUGAUCAUAUUUUCAGCACAAAACUAUAUUUUCAGCACAAAACUAUAUUAGAAUUUUUUUUAAAAACAAAAUUACUUGUAUUUGUACUGAAAACAUUCAUAACAUCAAUGUGUUGUGCUGAAGGAUUUGUGUAUGUGUACAUUUUGCAAAAUGUAAAUGAAUAUCUAAAAUAAAUGUCAAGACUUAUUCAAUGUAUACCUACAUGUAAAUUGUGAAAAAUCUGUCAAACGUGUGUUGUAUGUAUGUAUGUCACUCCAAUUUUUGUAUCUUGUCAUGAAAUCAUAAAACCAUAAAAUCAUAAAAGUGUUUUACACAUGCUGCCAAAGUAAACUGAAACUGUAUAUAUAGUAAUUUAUCAAACAUUUGUAUUACAUUGUAUUUAUGAAUGAAAAAAUUGAUGCAUAAACAGAUUCUGAAGAAAUACUCUUAAUCAUGCAACAUAGAGAUAGGAAUUUAAAAUAAUAUGAUAGGGUUUAAUACACUGUGUGUAUUAAUAGUGAUUAUUUCUGUGAUAGCCUUCAGUGCCUUUUUCAAACAAUUUUUGCACAAAAUGUCUCAUUCUAACUGUGAUAAUCAUGUGUAUAUUUUUCUUGUGUCUAUUUUGAAAUUGAUGCUAUACUUAUUAAUAUAUUCCAAUACUCUUAGCAUUGAAUGGUGUUUAAACACAAAAUAUUGAUGGAACUUAUUUGUGAAUGAUAAAUCAUAUAUAUAUAUAAUACAUGUAUAUUAUUAGCAAUAAAAAAUGUCAGAAGGUA